GGUGUUUAAAGAGGAUGGAAGGUACGAAGUACUGCUUAGAGCCUUCAGUGUUCCCGCCAUUCGGAUACACGCGUCGUCCGGUACAUCUCGGGAAGGAGGCAGGACAACGAAUCCUGUUAGCGGGUCUCGCGAGGAAGCUUCUUCUUCCCCCUUCCUAUCUGCCCAUUUUCCGCCUGCAAAUCCCGGGCCCAGAUCGAGAGGGUCCCGCCCUUUCCUCCCAUCCAGCCAGCGGUCCGGCGUGCCAGCAAAGACGUAAAAAAAGUCAAGUCUAACCCCACGGCCCACGAAACCCAUCUGUCUUUGCAUUUUUUCGGCUGAUUGUGACUUGACCUGGGUCUAAACUAACUGAUCUGAUUCACUGACCCCCCCCCCCCCCUCCCCACCACUAUCCCACCCUUUCCACUCUCUCGUUUGCUGGGAUUUUGAACCUGGUGGGUGGCGGACACCUCGCCCAAAGGUACCCCGGCCUCCGUACCUGUUCCCUCCUUACUGGGGCCCUUUCAACCUAUCCUUUUCCCUUUAUAUAAUUCACAACUCUUCACCCACCCCUUCCACUUUGCCGUUUCUCCUCUAGACCUCUUCUUCCCUCGAGAGUCCAUUGCCCACUUGGACUUCUAAUCAGCAAGUCUGAUUGCAAACGUUGCUUCUUCACCAAGCAUCGUUGGAGUUGUCUCCUAACAGACACCUCGGAAUACUCGUUUUCCGACCACAACCUCCGAUUCACAGUUUGCAGCCUACUGGCUCCGUUCUUCAAGAUGUCGGCGACGACUUCAUCUUCCGACGCAAAGGUCACCAAGGCCGAGAACUUCCCCGAUGGAACUUCCGACUACGUUCCCACCCGUGCCAAGGCCUACGAUAUCAAGAAGCCUCACAUCUCAACCCAGCCAAUCACCGCGAGCAACUGGUACAAGCAUGUCAACUGGCUCAACACGACCUUCAUUUUGAUUGUCCCCUUGAUUGGAUUCAUCUGCUCCUACUGGAUUCCUCUUACAUGGAAGACCGCCGUCUUCGCCGUUGUCUAUUACUUCAACACCGGUCUCGGUAUCACCGCUGGCUACCACCGUCUGUGGGCUCAUCGCUCCUACAAGGCCAGCCUUCCUCUCAGAAUCUACCUCGCCGCUGUCGGUGCCGGUGCCGUUGAGGGUUCCAUCCGAUGGUGGUCUCACGGACACCGUGCUCACCACCGCUACACCGAUACCGACAAGGACCCGUACUCCGUUCGCAAGGGCCUUCUGUACAGCCACAUCGGCUGGAUGGUCAUGAAGCAGGACCCUAAGCGUAUGGGCCGUACCGACAUCUCCGAUCUUAACGAGGACCCCGUCGUCAUGUGGCAGCACGUUCACUUCAUCAAGUGUGUUCUCGCCAUGGGUGUCAUCUUCCCCACAGUCUUCUGCGGCCUCGGCUGGGGUGACUGGCUCGGCGGCUACGUUUACGGUGGAAUUCUUCGCAUCUUCGUUGUUCAGCAGGCUACCUUCUGCGUCAACUCCCUGGCUCACUGGCUCGGUGACCAGCCCUUCGACGACCGCAACUCACCUCGUGACCACGUCAUCACUGCCCUCGUCACCCUCGGUGAGGGAUACCACAACUUCCACCACGAGUUCCCCUCCGACUACCGCAACGCCAUCCAGUGGUGGCAGUACGACCCCACUAAGUGGUGCAUCUGGACCUGGAAGCAGCUUGGCCUCGCUACCGACCUCAAGCAAUUCCGCCAGAACGAGAUUGAGAAGGGCCGUGUCCAGCAGCUGCAGAAGAAGCUUGACCAGAAGCGCGCGAAGCUCGACUGGGGUGUCCCCUUGGAGCAGCUGCCUGUCAUCGACUGGGACGACUUCAAGGCACAGGCCAAGAACGGUAGAGGUCUCGUUGCCAUUGCCGGUGUCAUUCACGACGUGACCGACUUCAUCCAGGAGCACCCCGGUGGCAAGGCUCUCAUUUCUUCCGCCCUCGGCAAGGAUGCCACCGCCAUCUUCAACGGUGGUGUCUACCUCCACUCGAACGCCGCUCACAACCUGCUCUCUACCAUGCGUGUUGGUGUUCUCCGUGGCGGUUGCGAGGUUGAGAUCUGGAAGCGCGCCCAGUACGAGAACAAGGACAUGACUACUGUCACUGACUCAAGUGGCGAGCGCAUUGUUCGUGCGGGAGAUCAGCUCACCCGUGUUGCUGUUCCCGUUGCUAGCGCCGACGCUGCAUGAACGAGAUGAUGAUAGGGCAGUUUAAUGACUUUGGGAGGCUUGUUUAAAACAAACAAAUCGAGGCGGGUGAUGUGGGAGCGCUUGACUUUCACUUCAAUGGAUUGGUGGAUACAAUCUGGCCAUAGGGUUGGCUCUGUUGAAACCAUCGUCACCACGGCAUAUCCAAGCCGUUCUAGGGUGACACGCCUUUGACACUUCAGCUUCGGCUGAAGGUGAGAGCAAUUGCCAACCUCACACUUUUGGGACAUUUUUAGGCGUUUGCGGGGUUAGGCAUUGCAAGAGGGCGUUCACUAUAACAGUAAUGAGAAACUGUUUAGACUAGAAAAAUGGAAAGCCCAUCAAAAGGGCGAGAAUGACAAUAACAACCUUCACUUCAAAUAACCUUGUAUUUGCCAACAUCCGUGAUCAACUUGACAUUUGAAUUUGCGCUUGAGCAAUACCUUCACAAAGCUGACGGCUAUCGACUAAAUUCAUCCAGCCGAGAACAAGAGAAUUGUCCAUGACGCGGCCACGAUUGCUCAAGGCUUAACCCAUACUCAUCACAUCUCUAUUCACCCUGCCACGUUGGACGAAGCUCAUCAGUAUUCUCCCGACUACACGAAAGGGACACCAUCCAGGUACAUCUCCACGCUUUCUUGCAACCAGAAGUUACAAUCACAUGCUUUUCUCUCCCCCCCUGGUUCGUUCUCUAAUUUGUACGCUUCUAAGCAUCUACCGAGCCCGACUUGCCCUUCUGGAGAUGCCCCCCACACAGCCGGUAAGGUAAGGUAAGCUGGGCAGGCGCUUAACGACGAGCAAAAGUCAACAAACAGCCUUCCUUCACAGAUCUUCCCAGGUUGGGGCGGAGACCCGGACGAACGGCCGUCGGCCGCAGGGCGGGCUCAAUGCACCGCUCAAUGCUUUUCUUUCCCAUCAUUCGUGUCUCACACGGGCUUUCGAGCCCAGGCGUACUAGUCGGUCCGCGGAACGGCAAAAGUGACACCAUUACAGCAUACAACCUUACCUACUCACACCC